CCAAUAAAAAAACAUAAUGUCAAAUUAAAAUUGAAACUGACGUGUGUUUAUUGUCUAAGAAUUUCAUAAAUAUUAUCUUAUAUUAAUAAAUUGUUUAUGUUGCUUACGAAAACCAAUAAUGUCGGGCUCUGAGAGACUCUCACAAAAUGGACAAUUGUCUGAAGGUAUACCGGAGAGGGGUGGUCAAGGCGAUGCACCGCCAACUGUGUCCGAACGGGAAGCAUAUUUCCAAGCACUUCGAUUGUGGAUACAGCAAGCGCAAAUGUACCAGAAUCUAUCUACAUGUUUCCCUUACUACAUGAUGACCUUCCAGGGUUUACAGAACAACCCCACAAAUGUGCCAUUAUUAAAUAAUAACUACCAGUUCCAAGGGCAACAGUUUCCUUUUCAAGUGCCAAAUCCAGUAAGGAACGUACCAGAUGCUCAACCUCCGCCAGAGUCUGCAACUCCAGCAGAUGUGAUUGCUCACCAUGGAGGCUAUGAGUAUGUAAUACCACCACUGUACAAGAGAUUGACAGCCGAAUUUAUUGAUUUUAUGCUUUUAUUUAUAUUGAAACUCAUUGUUACAUUUAUAGCAGUGGAUAUGUUUGAACUGAUUGACCUAGACAAGUUUGAUUUUUACAAAUUUAGUGAGCAUUAUGAUGACUACAAAUAUGCUAUGGAACUUACUUCGGAAAUAUUAUUUUUAGAAAUUAUCUACAGGGUAUUGGUGUGCAUAUUCGAGGCUUUCUGUCUAUGUGGGAGUGUAGGACGCACAGGUGGUGCCACACCAGGAAAAGCUCUUCUUGGCCUCCGUGUAGUGACAGCAUCAGCUGUGAUUCUGGUCGAAGGACGUGAUAAGGAAACAGUACUGCUAUAUCCGGGAAAACCACUCAGUUUUGGAAUAGCAUUAAUUAGGUCCAUAAUGAAGAAUUUUCUAAUUUCUCUACUGUUCCCCCUGUGCGUUAUACUAUUUGUGUUCCGUCAUAAUCGCACAGGAUAUGAUUUGCUGUGUGGUGUUAUCGUUGUUGAAGAGAACAUGUACCCACCCAGAAGACAUGCACCAUAAUUUCUGAUAUUUUUGUUUAUGUUUCAACUUUAUAAAUUGGAUAGAGACAGACAUCUCUAUGCAAUUUACAUGAAUUUGUGUGCCUUCAAAUGUAAAAUAUUUAUUUUGUGAGUUCUCUUAAUGUAUCUAUACUUUAUAUUUAAUUAUAAAGAGGAUUUGAUUGUUUAUAAUGGAUAAACUCAAAAACUAACAAAUUUUCAACAUUCUUUCACCCAUAGAAAGGUACAUUGUCAGUGUGUAACAUAGGCAUAUACUGAUCACCAGGUGGCAUUUCUUUAAACUUAAUUUUUAACCUAAUAAGUUAAUUUUUUUAAUUCAUUUGCACAAUUACUGUUUUACAGACCAUCAUAUCCUAAAAUUAUAAUUAUGUACAUUUAAAUUUAUUAGAAAAUUAGUUCAUAUUGGUCCUUAAAAUAAAGAUAAAAAAAGUUUAGAGAAAUACCACAUUAGAUUCGACACAGUUAUUUUCGAAAAAUCAAUCCACCUUUGUGAAUACUAAUCGAAUCCCUAGUUGUUUAUAUAUUUUCAAACUUCACAUUUAUAAAAAGUUUUGAUAUAUAUAAACAUGUUCCAUAACAACGAUGUAAAGUACCCUUGGAAGUUUCUAAUUAUUUUUACUUUUUGCAUUGGUAUGUAGAAUAUAGUUUUUUUUUUAUUUAUUGAUAGGUAUAUAGAUUUUUUAUAAUGUUCAAGGAUAUUUCACUAUGUUGUAAAUAAUACAUAGAAUAUAUGUACUGACUGAUAGUGACGACGUAACGUCUGGAGUUGUUUUCUAUUGAACAUAAUAAAGCUUAAACAGAAAACAAUAGAAUAAUUUUCAAUAGAAAUAAUUUGGUCAUUAGACAGCUGUAUAUAUUAUUACAUCUAUUGGUCGGAUUGCAUUGCUUUUUGUAUUGUUAAUUGUGGUUUAUAUAUAUUCAAUAUUUUAUAGAAUGUGUGUGUCACUAUUUCAAACUAAAUUAAAUAGAUAGUUAUAAACAUUGCACAAAUUGCAUCAACAAUGAUAACCCCUUCGAUAUAUGACCCCAUCAUUGUAAACAAUUUUAAUUCUGUAUUUCCAUAAUUUUCCAGUAUCAUAUGAAUCUGAUUAAAUGAUGGGAAACAAAUAAAUGUAAAAGAUAUCACUGAGUUAUGACUAUUUUGUGUUACUAUUUGCUUUUUUUUUAUAUAUUAUUAUAUGUAUUCUUUUAUCUCUUUUUAUUUUGUAUAUUGUUAUUUGUGUGCUGUAAGUAAUGUAAAUAAAUUAUCUAUCUAUCUAUAUAUAUAUCUGAUUAUAAUAAGAUAGAUCUGUCAUGUCUAGAAUCAAUAUUAUUUUAUGAAGGUAUUUUCAAUAUUUAUUGAUCAAUUUUAAAUCUGGAAACUGAUACAUGAUACGUAUCUUUUGAAAAAGUAUGUCAUAUAAAUCUAAGAUGGGGGUCUUAUCUGUAUAAGCAUGGGCUAUGGUUAAUUUCAUAUGAACCAGUAGUGUUGUUUAUAUUUUGUAACAGCCAUUGUUAAUUUCAUUGUUACUAUAUACAUAUAUAUUUAGGUUAAUAACCUUUGUCGUAAUAUUGAAUCUGACAUAAGUAAGUGUAAUUUCUACACAUUUGUACAUAAACAUUGAAUAUUAAACUCAAAGAUCUCAGCUCCAAUUUUGUUUAAAUAUUCAAUGACACAGCAAGACUUCUUUUAAAUUGAUUUUAAAAGUAAAUCAAACCAUUUCCGUAAAUAGCUACUCAACUCUAAUAUUAUCUUUCGAAAAUAACAUCACUUUUUUUUACUACUCUUAUCAAUUUAUGUUUAAUUAUAUAAAUAUCAACAUUUUAUAAUCUUUCAUAUUUUUAUAAUAUUCUAUUUAUCAAUAAGAUUAUCAGUAAAUGUAUGAAUUGUUUUGCUGGAUGAAAUAUUUUGGCUUUAAAAGAAAUGUAGGUCUUUUUAAAGAAACAGACAAAUGUUAUUUGUGAUAUUGUUAAUGGUUAUUGUUUUGUCAAUAUAUUAAAUAAGUUUGAAAGUA